ACGUAGCAGCUGAUGCCUGAUAUCAAUUUACGUAAAGAAGGAGGGGAGGGGGACAUCAAGGACCAUUAAUGUAACACACUAAAGAGUUUUUACUCUUUGUAAUAUACUUGUAAUAUACUUGUAUCUUUAAAAUAUAUGGAAUAUAUUUAAUAAGUUAAGGAAUCUUUUAAAACGCGCGACACAGGUCAAUCGAAAUUAGAAUCGUUAUGAAAACAUGAGUUGCUUGUUUCUUAUAGCCGACUGAUAAAAUUUUUCUUGGAAUAAACAUGUUACGGAUUCUUAGCGCCGCGAAUCCUAAAUGCACUUUCGGCAGCCACUUUUACCUGACAUAUGCGCGGAUUGCAACAGAGAGUAAUAAAGAAUUCUCCGAGAAGCUAGCGAAUGGUCCGCAAUUUGAAGACUUUCUCAAGAACGACAAUAAAGAAUAUGAUGGCAAGUUAAAGUUAGAAAUAGGUGAGUCAGGACGGCUGAAGCUACCACCAUGGUUGAAAACAGAGAUACCUAUGGGCGAGAGUUACAGUAGGAUAAAAGCUCAGCUGAGACAAUUACGGCUAAGUACGGUCUGCGAGGAAGCCAGGUGUCCUAAUAUCGGAGAAUGUUGGGGUGGAAGUAGUCACGGUACUGCAACAGCUACUAUUAUGUUAAUGGGAGAUACAUGCACUCGUGGUUGCCGUUUCUGCUCUGUCAAAACUGCACGUAAACCACCACCGUUGGAUGCAGAAGAACCUGUUAAUACUGCUAGCGCAAUAGUGGACUGGGGUUUAGAUUAUGUCGUUCUAACAUCCGUAGAUCGUGACGAUUUAAAGGAUGGUGGAGCUAGUCAUAUUGCAUCUACUGUUAAGGAAAUAAAAAAGAGGAGUAACAUCUUAGUGGAAUGUCUGGUGCCAGACUUCAAAGGUGAUGAAGAUUGCGUCGCUACGAUUGUAAAUUCUAAUCUGGACGUGUUUGCGCAUAAUAUCGAAACCGUCGAACGUUUAACUCCCUUUGUCCGUGAUAUGCGUGCUCAAUAUAGACAGUCGCUGGCCGUAUUAAAAGCAGCUAAAAAGUUUAACCCCAAUUUAAUUACGAAGUCGUCGAUAAUGCUGGGAUUGGAUGAAACUGACCAGGAAGUCGAGCAAACUAUGCGAGAUCUAAGGGAUGCUGGUGUAGAUGCUGUAACAUUGGGACAGUACAUGCAACCCACCAAAAGACACUUAAAAGUCAUCGAAUAUGUAACACCCCAGAAAUUUAAAAUGUGGGAAAAUAUGGGGAAUCAACUAGGCUUCUUGUAUACCGCCAGCGGUCCGUUAGUUCGAUCGUCAUAUAAAGCCGGAGAAUACUUCUUGACAAAUAUACUAAAACAACGGAAAAAACAGCAGAUUCAUGAUUAUGUCACGUCAUGAAUAAAAAAUGGAAGUGUAGAUAUGAUGCAAUAAGAAAUCAAUAAAAACAAAGACUUGCGAAAAGAAA